ACGCUCAAUAAACGGCGCUAGUGUCUGUCAAGUGUCACAGCCGUUCUCGUCGGCCGACAGUGUUGUGAGACUCGAAUCGGUGAUUUAAUUAGGAAUAACGUACUUCUUUUUUUUAAGUAAAAUUGUGAAACUUUAAGCAAUAAUGACUGACAAGAAAGCGUAUCCGGUGGCACCGCAUCCACCGACUGGCUUUGUCCCCGCGCCGACGCAACCCCCGACCUACGGUGUUGCAGGCGCCGCCCCAUAUGGAGUAUUUCCCAAUCAGCCUCAAUUGUACGCGACGCAAGGCCCGCCGCCGCCGACGUACGAUCAGACCCUUACGCAUCCUAUGAUGUAUCAACCAAUGUAUGCAGGGCAAGGAUACCCUUUGCAAUAUUAUCCACCGGGAUAUCCCUUGCAAUAUUAUCCGCCGUUAGCUGCGACAACGGCGUAUUAUCCCACUAUGCAACCCGCCCCUGUAAGACCUACCAUUAUGGUACCUAAUGGCUUCGACGGUACCCGGUUCGAUGGUAUCUCGCAGCCGGUGUUGCCACCGCCGCCACCCGGGGUGGCCGCGAACGCUGCGCAGCUGGCCGCGAUGGCCGGCCACAGUGUGGCCCUCUCGCAAAAGAAGGGCUCGUUCCUGGGAGGAGGAACGGAGGGCGGUUAUACCUUUUGGUAAACCACCAAAACCACCUUUCGUAACAACACAACACGCAGAAAACAUACACUCCACACGUACACGCCACAUUAACUAUCGGAAGCGCCGUGUUGUUGAGACGACGAGAUCAUUGUAGGUAAAAUUUCCGUUAGAGCUCUGCUUUUCUCACCUCUGCCGGUGGCAGCUUCAUCGAUAUCUUCUAGUAUACCGUGUGCGCGCGGAAUGAUCACACAACAUAUACAUACGCACCACACAUGCAAUACAUAUAUACGAGAUAUACACGCGUCACACAUACGACACAUAUAUACACAUAUACAUAUACAAAAUAUACAUUUGAACAUGAUGCUAAGGCAGCAACCGUGAGAGUUCCCACGCGAUUCACAUACGGCGAUAUUUGCGAUCGAGAUAGAAGCGAUCCAAUGAUCUCAAGGACACCGCCGCCGUCUUGGUGAUCGAUCUGCGCAACUCAUGUACACUGCUGAACUGCAGAAAAUCGUCCCGGCCGAGGAUCAUCUCGGGCACGACGACGCUCGUCGAAUAUCCUCGAAAGCUAAUUCCUCGAAAGCUCAUCGUUCUGUUGGGGAAGUCGGGAGACAGUGGGAGAGCGCUACGCGAAUUUUCCGAAAGGAUCCGCGAAGAUCCGCGACAGCUCCGUGAAAGCCCAAGAUCCGAGAUACCGAGAAUCCAUGAUUAGGACUUGGGGGCUCGACGAAACGUCCAUUAUCGUGGAUCCGGGAAUUCUGAAUUUCCGCGAUCAAAAUUUCUUAGAAUUCGAAAGGCUCUGAAAACUAAAGUCAUCAAAAUUCGUUGAUUAUUGGAUUGAAGUAAACGUAGAUCUCGCGUUUCAUAAGUCUGAGUUUUUAAAAAUCAAGGGACCCGAAGUUUCAAGGGAUUGAGAAUCUCAAAAGAUCGCUACUAAAUACUCUCCUUGGAAAAAUUGACAUUUCCAAGGAUGUACGAACUCGGAGACUCCAAAUUGUCGUGAUAGAAGGCUCUAGAACGCUAAAUAUCUACAAACUCUAGUUGAAGGAAAUCUUAUCUAUGAUCUCGACUUUCCCAGGAUUCAAGGUAUCCAGGAUCUAGCUUUAGUGGCUUCUAUUAGUUAAGGUUACAGAACUUCGAGAAUUUUAGUUGAAUUUUUCUUAAAUUUAAUCACCGAUCAAGCAUUUCCGGAUGAGAUAAAAUAUUAACGAUCAUAACAUAUGUAAGUUCGCCGAGAACCGAUGUUUUCGGCGACUCGCGAUUUCAGGGGGUCGACGAAGACCCGAAGGCUCGAGGCAGUCAAUGUGCGUUUCCACGGAGAAUAGUUAUUGCGAGAAUGUUAUUUUACGAAAGACAAACUAGUUAGAUCAACGGAAGGCGGACUGAUGCUAUUGACAAGAAACGACAUUGUCGUUGCGCUCAUCGAAGCAGAAAGAAGGAAAGGAUCAAGGAUAAAGAGAAUAGAAGCCCAAUGUCGACGAUUGUAGAAAUUCACGAGACAUAUUGCGUUGAUAUUUAUAUUUAAAUUAUUGUUAUUUAAACGAUUUAUUUGCAGAUCCUCCUUAGAGAAGACAGAAUCAUCGGUGCGACGUGUUUCAACGAUUUAUUUUAUAUCUCGAGAGAGUGAGAACAAGCAAAGGGAGUGAAAGAGAGAAAGAGAGAAAGUGGAAUGAGUUUUAUAUCACGGAAAAGCGUGCAAUAAGCGUAAAUUUAUUGUAACAAUAAAAAAAAAACGAUAUUAAUUGAAACUGUGAACUUGUUAUCACGUUGAAUAAGUGAUAAAAACAGAGAGUGCGAGAGAGUACAUGUGCGUGUGAGUGAGUGAAGAAAAAAAUAAGAAUAAGUGAGAGAAAAAGUGAACGAGGGUAAACAAUGAGUUGAGACAAAAAUGUACCACUGCGCGAUGAUCAAUUGUACCAGUUAAUAAAUGCUAUGAUCAUGCAAUUCGUUAA